AUGCUCACUCGUCCUCGCUUGCGCUUCUUUACGGCUCUUCGAUCGCCUAUAUGUACGCGGAGACUUGCGACCGAGUCGCGGUUAGCCUCGGACCAUGUUCGUAUCGUUGAAGUCGGUCCUCGAGAUGGACUGCAAAAUGAAAAACAGUCCAUCUCAAAGGACACAAAACUUGAAUUGAUCCGACGACUGGCUAAGACUGGUGUCACCACCAUAGAGGCCGGGUCCUUUGUCCCAGCGAAAUGGGUGCCACAGAUGGCAAGCACAUCAGAAAUCUGUGAACAGCUUCUUACAUCUCCUCCUCCCGCUCAACAUACAAUUGCCUACAACUAUCUUGUUCCCAACAUCAAGGGGCUUGAGAGCCUCGUAAAAAUCAUGGAAGAGACAGGCGUUUCAGCGGAUGCGACCGGGGUUGAUUCAAAGGUUGCUACUACGACAGAGGUCUCUUUAUUCGCAGCAGCAACGGAGGCUUUCUCAAAAGCAAACACAAACUGCACCAUUGCCGAAUCUCUCGAGCGUAUCAAACCAAUUGUGGCACUGGCGAAGACCAAGAAUAUUCGGGUGCGUGGAUAUGUCUCCGUGGCCCUGGGCUGUCCCUAUGAAGGACCUGAAGUGAAUCCAUCAACCGUGGCGGACAUAACUGCGACUCUGUUGGAGAUGGGCGCCGAUGAGGUUUCGGUCGCCGACACCACAGGCAUGGGCACGGCGCCACGGACGAUGGAGCUUCUACAGGCACUGAAGGCAGCUGGCAUUGCCAAUACUGAUUUGGCCCUCCACUUCCAUGACACAUAUGGACAAGCUUUGGUGAAUACACUUGUCGGCUUGGAACACGGAAUUAGGAUCUUUGAUAGCAGUGUCGGUGGCUUAGGCGGCUGCCCAUAUUCUAAGGGUGCAACUGGGAAUGUUUCAACGGAAGAUCUUAUCCAUACUGUUCACAGCCUUGGUAUGCACACUGGUGUCAGCUUGGAAGAGAUGUCGCGUAUUGGGUCCUGGAUUAGUGGUGAACUAGGCAGGGUCAACGACAGCCGCGCGGGAAAAGCGACUCUCGGCAGACUCUCAGAGUAA